GAUAGCAACCAAAACUAAUUUGUAUGCCUUUAGCGUCCCCCUUCUCUCGCUGCACACCGCGGUUGGGAGUGAAGCCUGUGAGACCGCGUACGAGCAAACACCUGCGGACGCAGAAGCUUAGCCGCGGCGAGGGGGGGCGAUCACGCCGGCUCAAGCGGUGGACGGAGGCCUCCGGCGGUCGCGGAGUGGAGUGUGGUUGGUCCUGGGACUCUGAGACCAUUCGCAGUGCCCCAGCUUUGUACCCGAUCUUUACCCUCGUCGUUCGACCUGGAUUCCUUUGCACCUCAAUGAGCGGUUUUCUACUAUGAAUGGGAAGAGUGAUUAACACAUUUGACUUGAGUGCCGGCAUGGAUCGAUCCAAACUACUUGCCGAGAGACCACAAAGAGAUGGUAUUUCUUUUACCUGAUCAAAAUGAGCUAUGAGUUCUUGCAUCUUCAUCGAGGAAGACAGUUCAUAUCGCAUAAUGCUUUGUCGUCAUCCGUUUACAAUGUUUUUGUGUCUUGCACCAUUGGCAAUGUUGAUCCAGUGAUCAGAAAUUGUUCUCAUGUGGUAACCAAGCCAAUAUAUCCUGUUGAAAUGGAGAUAGAAGGAAAACAAAUAAUAAGUGAACAAAGGAUCAGUUCCCCAAACAAGAAAUCAGGUGGAACAACAAUCAAGAUGCUUAUGGCACAGGAGAUCUAUGAUGAUACAGAGUCUAGACACAACCCACCAAGUGUUGUCGCCAGACUGAUGGGCCUCGAUUCCACACCAUUCCAGCAAUCAGACACGGUCGAUGGAAAAAUAAGAAACAAUGACUAUUUAUGCAAUGGUUUGACAGGAGAAUUUCAACAUCAUCAGCAGCAGGAAUGUGAGAUUAGGUCUUUCUCCCAUGAAAAGGACUGUAGAGAUGUAUAUGAAGUGUGGCAACAACCAUCCAAGAAUAUUUUGGUUAAAGAGCAAUCUCCACAGAAGGUAAAAUAUGAUGAGAAUUCGUAUCAAAGGAGAAUGACCCUUGUUCAGAAGAAGUUUAUGCAAGCAAAACAGUUGGCCACUGAUGGAAAGCUUCUUGACUCUAAGGAGUUCCAGGAUGCAGUUGAGGUUCUGAAUUCUAACAGAGACUUAUUUCUCAAAUUUCUGGAAAAACCAAACUCACUAUUUAAAAAGCAUCUCUUCGAGCACCAGAGCUUCCCUUUACCUUCUCCGACUACUAGUGUAACUGUACUGAAACCUUCCAACACCACGGAGAGGAAAGGUAACAAAAGCAUGGCAAGACAACUGCUAAGAGAUUCCGAUGGAAGUGUUAGAAAAGUGAAUAAGCAUUUUUGGAGCUCUAGUUUUUCUGGGCCAAAAGGUCAGAACUUUUCCCAACAAACAAGGAUAGUUGUUUUGAAGCCUAGCCCUGGAAAGCCCUAUAACACAAAGACCAAGCUUUCAAACAAUUCACCAACAAUGUCGGGUGGGCAAAAUUCUACUGGAGCUCUAGCAACUGAUGAAUUGGUAAGUUCAAGAGAAAUAUCCAAGGGGAUAACUUGUCGGAUGGGAGAAAGCCUGAAUAGCAACAUAAGGGAUGAACCCUUGUUCUCCUCAACACCAUUGAAUGGAUAUAUCGGGGAUGAGAACUCAUUCAACAGGUCAGACGGUGAGGACAUAGAAGAUGAGGUUGGCAGUCUAAGAGACUCCAAGAUUGCAAGUCCAGCCACAGUGUAUUCUUGUGAUUACAUCAAUAAAAUUGGUAGUCCUUUCUCAGCCUUAUCCUUCUCUCGAGCAUCUCACUCAUCUGAAUCAUCUGUUUUUACAGAAGCUAAGAAACGGCUUUCAGAGAGGUGGGCUUUGGUGGCAUCAAGUGUGAAUAGUCAAGAACAGACACAAUUAAGAAGAACCUCAAGCACCUUAAGCGAGGUGCUUGCCAUUCCUGAGAUAAACAGAGAAGGAAGCCAAGAGGACCUUGCUCAUUCUAGCAGCAAGCUGUCCAGUGGAGAAGAUGACCUGAAAGUAGUAACAUUCUCAUCCACAUUUGAGACAACAUAUGAAGAUGCUAGGGAGACUUCCCAUAGGAACUUAACAAGAUCAAAGUCUGUCCCAACUUCACCUUCAGCUUGUGAAAUUGCAGAGUUCAAUGGGAAAAUCUCUAGUUCCUUGAUCGGCAAACUCAUUGUUCAGCCAGAGGUUCCCAAGUCAAAUAAAAAGAAGUUUUCUUUCAAGAAUAAGGUCUCAAAACUUCUCUUCUCUAAAAGCAAGAAAUCAAACGGACAGAAGCCCCUUAAAUCUCCCUCAGUUGGUGAUGACCAAGGACAAUGCAGUUGUUCCAAUGGUAGUGAUGCAAGUAAUGAUUAUUUAUUACCAUCUGUUAAUGAUACUCUUUCAGCACGGAUUAAGCUAGUUACCACUGAUAGAAUGAGCCAUGGAUCAACUGAAGAGACACCAUUUCGUAAGGGUGUUCUUUCUCUUGGGAUGCCUGGAACAUUUGGGAACUUUGUUCAGAGCCAGGACCAGUCCUGCCAAAUUUCAUUUUCAGAAACACCAUUAGUGGAUCAUGUUAAUAAUGGUUUGUCGCAGUCCUCUGGAAGUAUCAUUGCUGAAUGUCCGCAAGCACUGUCACGGUCUCCGCCGAUCGGGUCGGUUGCUCGUUCGUUGUCAUGGAGUAGCUCCUACUUGGACAUAACAUCUGCAACAACCUUAAAGCCAUCUGUGAAAUUCUCCAAGGCGGACGAAGAACAUGAGCAAUUUGUUUUCGUUAACAAGCUGAUAUCAUCUGUUGGCAUGGACGACAACAAGAGCACGAUUUUUGGCGGAUGGCAUUCGCUCGACAGUCCUCUUAAUCCAUCUCUACUGUACGAGUCUUUGCAGAUAGAAGACGAGGAAGAUAAGUGCAGGGAGAGGCAAUCGCACUGGAGGCUUCUUUUCGACUUUGUAAAUGCAGCAUUGUUAGACAUCAGCCAAUCUAUAUUAUUAACUGCGUGUCCAUGGAAAACAGCCGGCACUUCAGUGGCUGAGGUCUGGUCACUUGUGAGGAACAAGUUGUCAGGUGACACCAAAUCCGGCAAUGGUGGCAUCGAGGUGGAUAGGUUGGUGAAGGAAGAGGUCGGGGGAAGGCAGUGGACGGAAUCCAGGUGGUUGGAAGGGUAUGAAUUGAGUAAGGAGAUUAGUGAGAAGGUGUUGGAGGAGUUGGUGGAGGAGGCAGUGUCUGGAUUAUCUUGUCACUAACCAAGUCAAGGCAUUUUUUUGUUGUCCUUGUCUUAUUUCCAGGUAGGGUUGUCAUUGUCGGUACUAUUGUCAUUGUUGGUACUAUGAUGCCUCCUUACGGUGUAAUAUUGUCACCAAGUUGUAAUGUGUGUCUAUUGUUUGACGGUAUGUUAAUAUAUUGUGGAAGGGAAGAUAUGUACUCUC